AUGGUGCUUCAGAAAGCAGGUUGCGCCUCUGAAAGUUCGGUAUUUUCUUCGCGGGUGAGUAAGAGGGAACUGGCCUUUGACGAGGUGUCUACGACUCACGAUUCCGUGCAGGGUUCCUGCACCAGUGACUGCACACGAAUCGUGAAACCGGUGCAGGCUCAAUUGCAUGCGUUCGGCACGAGGAGGUGCUCAACAAGCUCCAGCCAAAAUAACACGAGAACUUCACGGCUCCAUGACACAAAAACAGAAUUUUCAGCAGAAGGAGGAGAUAGUACGGUAAGCAGAAGUAACUCCUAUUCAGUGCGGACCGGUAGUAUGGCUUCUUCUAUGAAGGCGUAUAAGGAAAAGGAAACUGUGGUGGAUGCAGAGUACAGUGAAGAAGAGGAAAUAUGUUGCAUUUGUUUGGAGGGGUAUACGGAAGAGAAUCCCGUGAUGUACGGGAGGUGUGGACAUCAUUUGCAUCUGCCUUGUCUCAUGAAUUGGAAACAACGCAGCAAUAUCUGUCCAAUUUGUUCAUCAGAGUCGUUGGGGGGAGUGGCAGAUGAUAUUGAAGCGUCACCUCCUGUGCAUAUGACCGACGAGGAUAUUUUCUCAUUGCUAUUACAGCAGCAUCUGGAGCAAUACACACACCCAGCAAGGCAACAUAAUCAACGGGAGUAUGUACACGCUCGCGGGCACGAAUUGACUGCUCACAGCACGGUGCGACAUGCAACGAGGUCCGGGAAUGCCUUGCAACGGCACCAGAAUCGUGCCACUUUGCCUGAUGAAAGUCGGCGACCCACGAGGGGACGUAGAGAGAGCGGUGCUUUGGCCAACGCUUCUUCUAGAAAGCUGACACGAGUUGAAUCUGGUACACGAGUUCGAAACAUGAAGGAAAACACAGUGGUGGCAUUUUUCAAUAGGGUGUUUUGUUGUUUUAAGAGGUGA